GCACCGACUCUCCUCUUCCUCCUCUUCUUCCUUUUCCUCCCCUUCCUCCUCCUCUUCCCCCUCCUCCCCUCCUUCCGCCGAGCCGGGGGGCUCAGGAUGACAUCGCUGGACAACGUUGGCCAUUCCUGCUCGAUCCAACGGGGAAGGAUCAGAGACCAACAGCUUUCUAAGCCCAAACGGGAGUGGGGAUCUCCAGUCAGGAGGCUGGAUUGGGGAAAUCAGGAGACUAUCCGCAGUGUGUCGGCAGGUGCCCUGAGGGCACGUCUCUCAGAGCGCCUCGAGUUCUUGGCCAGACCCAAGAAGGUUCACAGCUCUCUCUGCAGACCCAAAUACCUCUACAGCUGUGGGAGGGAAUCUUCAAUCUGGAAAUACCCACCCGGGGUGACUUUUAGCUACCCAUCAGAGCGGAUCCUGAAGUUGGCAGAACCCAAAAGAGUUCAGGAAACCUACUUGAAACGAAGGCCCCGGAGCUCCCCCGAAUGGCCCGUGAGCAGGGCCGCACUUACAUGUGAGGCUUCGGAGCAUGUGAAGAGACUUUCGCAAGCCAAAUUGCAGCACCAGGACUACUGCCCAUCUCGGACGGUUGAGACUCAGAUCCCAAGAACAGCCCUGAGGGCUCAUGCGUCCCAGCGACUGACCAGUCUUUCCCAGCCGAAAGUGAAGAGUGAAUCUCUGGUUUUGGACUUGGGGAGAAAGGAAGAGCCGAUCCGCUGGGUGUCCGAGAUGGCCAGGGAAGCAAAACCAACUCCCCGGACCAUCAAGCUUGCCCAAGCCAGGCCCCUGCCCACCGGGUACCUGCCGAUCCGAGAUGCCCAGUGGCUGGUUUCUCCUGCCGCCAUGCGUGCCUUCGCAUCUCCUCGGACGGUCCAGUUGUCUGCUCCCAUCCGGAGGGCAUCCACAAAUCUUGUCCACUUCAACCCAGAAGCCUUUUCCGUCAAGGAAAAUGCUAAAAAAGCGGUGUGUUCUCCAAGAAUCCAGGAGCUGGCCAAGCCUAUCAAGCGGUGAACCCCAUAGGCUUGAUUCUCUAGGACUUCUCAGCCCUUCUGCGUUAGGGAUUCUCUAGACAUCUCAGGGUCCCGGGCGGCCCCGGCCACUGUCCAGAAGGAGUUAGUUCAGCUCUGGGGCUGGGCCAGCCUGGGGCUAUUAAACUGCUGC